AUGGCGAUUCUUUGUUACGAGGAUACAAAGAGAACCAUCUCGAUGCUGCGGACAUGGCAGACUCACAUCCUCGUCCUUUUCUUCCUUAUCGCGGAGGUUGCGCACGGCCAGGUCCGUUAUUCCAUCCCCGAGGAAAUGGCGAAGGGAUCAGUUGUGGGGAAUAUUGUUCAAGAUCUCGGUUUGGAUAUUAAGAGACUGAAAUCUGGCCGGGCUCGGAUCUUUACGGAGGACAGUCGUGAGUACAUCGGUCUGAAUGCGGAUAAAGGGACGCUGGUUGUGAAAGAGAGAAUAGAUAGAGAGGAGCUGUGCGCGCAAGUAACCCCUUGCUCUUUACAUUUCCAGAUUAUUCUGGAUAAUCCUAUGGAACUUCAUCGUAUAGAUGUAGAGAUUUUAGACAUUAAUGAUAAUUCCCCGGUUUUCACCAAGAAAGAAAUGAAUUUUCAGAUAAUUGAAUCAGCAGUACCAGGUGCCCGAUACUCGCUUGACAGUGCCAAAGAUGCGGAUGUUGCAUUAAAUGCGCUACAGUCCUACACUCUGCAGCCAAACGACCAUUUCACGUUAAAAACUAUUACUCGCCCUGAUAAUACUAAAUAUGCUGAGAUGGUGCUGAAAACCCCUUUAGACAGAGAGAAAAACGAGGAGCAUAAAUUGCUGUUAACUGCGUAUGAUGGAGGCAGUCCUCAAAAGUCUGGAACAAUUAGAAUCAAUGUCAUUGUUUUAGAUGCAAACGACAACGCACCAGCAUUUAGUCAAUCACUUUACAGAGUGUCUGUUCCAGAAAAUACUGUAUCUGGGACAAUUGUGUUGAGAAUCAGUGCAACUGAUUCAGACCAGGGGACAAACGGAGAGGUCAUGUAUUCUUUAUCACAAAGUAGUGACAGCAUAUCUGACCUUUUUGAUAUUAAUGAGCACACAGGGGAUAUUGUUGUCAAGGGACUGAUAGACUUCGAAAAAUCCAAGACGUAUGAGUUAAAUGUCGAGGCAACAGACAAAGGAGGUUUAACAGAUACGAGUAAAGUUCUUAUUGAGGUCCUAGAUGUAAACGACAACGCCCCUGUAAUCAGUAUAAUAUCUUUUUCAAACCCAAUACCCGAAGAUGCUGCUCCAGAGACCGUUAUUGCCAUUCUUAAUAUAAAAGAUUUAGAUUCUGAGAAAAACGGAAGGGUCAAGUGCAGCAUCAAUUCGAAUUCUCCCUUUAAGAUAAAGCCGUCUUCUUCAAAUUUUUACAGUUUAGUUACCGACGAGAUUUUGGACCGUGAAAAGGAGUCUGAAUAUAACAUAACUGUUACAGCUACCGAUGAAGGGUCGCCCUCUUUGUCGACUAAUAAAACUAUGACACUAAAAAUAUCUGAUGUAAAUGACAACGCUCCUCUUUUUCGACAGCAGUUAUACACAGCAUAUAUAAUGGAAAAUAACUCACCAGGUGUGUCCAUAUUUGCUGUGGAAGCGAGUGAUAAAGAUUCAGGGAAUAAUGCAAGAGUGUCUUAUUUCCUUGACGAAUUUAGUAUCAAUGGGGUAGCUGCUACAGCAUAUGUCUCUGUGAAUGCAGAGAGUGGCGUCAUAAUGGCUGCUCGUUCUUUCGAUAUUGAGCAAAUAAAGGAAUUCCAUAUUCGCGUAAAGGCACAGGACGGAGGCUCGCCACCUCUCAGCAGCAACGUGAGCGUAAAAAUAAUUAUUAAGGACCAGAAUGACAACUCACCUCAGAUUUUAUAUCCAGUACACAGUAGUGGCUCCCUGGUUGCAGAAAUUGUGCCUCGCACAACAGAUGUGGGCUACCUUGUCUCGAAAGUAGUCGCUGUGGAUGUGGACUCUGGGCAGAAUGCCUGGCUCUCAUACAAACUACAAAAAUCAACUGACCGAGCAUUGUUUGAAGUUGGCGCACAGAAUGGAGAAAUAAGAACUAUUCGCCAAGUGACUGAUAAAGAUGUUGUGAAACAAAAGCUCACUGUUGUAGUGGAGGACAAUGGACAGCCCUCGCGUUCUGCUACAGUCAAUGUGAAUGUGGCUGUGGCGGACAGUUUCCCUGAAGUGCUCUCGGAGUUCACUGAUUUUACGCAUGACAAGGAAUACAAUGAUAACCUGACUUUUUAUUUAGUUUUAGCUCUGGCUGUAGUGUCCUUUCUCUUCAUAGUAUCCAUCAUAGCCAUACUGUCAGUGAAGUGCUACAGAUGGAGACGUGAGAGGAUGUUUUAUAAAUCCAACGGAAAUCUACCGGUUAUUCCGUACUAUCCACCGCUUUACGCAGACGUGGGGGGCACGGGUACUCUCCAGCACGUUUACAAUUAUGAAGUCUGCAGAACCACUGAUUCAAGAAAGAGUGAUCUGAAGUAUAACAAGCCAUGUAGUCAGAGCAUCAUUAGUCUGGACAGCGCUGGAACACAAACACUGACACAUAGGCAAAUGGAUCAAUUGAUUCUGGAUGAUUCUGAAAAGUGCUCUAAGGGCCGCUGUUGA